CGUGUCUCUGCGUCCCUGCGUCCGCGUCCCAGUGUCUGUGGGCGGCGGCGCCGCGGCCUUGCCGCCGGGAUCCCGGUAUGAGCCGCGCCUGGCAGGCUCUCCGCGCUCUGCGGCUGCGGCUCGUGGGGCCUGCCAAGGAGCUGGUGGGCACGGACCAGUUUGGCAACAAAUACUACCGGGUGCCCAAGCACGAGAACCGCGCAGGGCAGAUUAUACCAGAAAGAAGAUUUGUAGAAGCAGUAAAUCGUGAAGCAUAUCAGUAUCAAAUGGGUGACUUUCCAGCAGAAUGGGAAGCAUGGAUAAGAAAAAAGAGAGAAGAUCCACCCACCAUUGAGGAGAUUCUUAGGAAUGAAAAUUACAGAGAAGAAAUGAAACAGAAAGUCAAGGAUGUAUCUGAAAAGGAUAAGCUGCUCCAGGCCAAGGAGUAUGAGGAAGGACUUGUUGCUGAACCAAGUCAAACUCAGGUUAAAGGCCAUGCAUCUGCCCCUUACUAUGGAAAGAAGGAGCCCUCACAAGACCCCACGAGCACUGCAAAUACCUUCCAGCCAGGAGCCUGGAUGCCACCAGGCAGUGGAAGUAGUCAAAAGAAAUAAGCAAUUUAAUGGACAGAUACUGUUAAUGGAUAAAUAUUUUAACAGGCAAUGUAUGCAGUUGUUAUGUACAAGAGCGCAAUAAAGUAGUAUUAAAGCAGCUUCAAUUACUUUUGCAGAACUAUUCAAAUAGGCUUAAUCACGACCGAGUAUUGUCAAGUGGGUAGACUGAAAAACAUGUUGUAUUACUAAGUUUGGUUUUGACAGUUACUCUUCAUCAGUUACUCUUGAAUUCAUAGCUAAAAGACUAUCGAAAUUUUCUUAAAGUCUGAAUUGAUUUUUCCCUUGAAGACUAAUUUAGUUUCAAAACUGCUCUUGAUCUAAGAAUUGUAGUCAGUACACUUACCAAGAUGUCUCUUCAGAAUAAAUCCCUUGACAGUGCCAGCGUGCUUUCUGCUGGGAAGCAGAUGGAAAAGUUAAUUUCAGGAACAGGAAUCACUAUGAAACUACACUGAUCAUGCACUGUACUCAUUGUAGGGACAUUUUUGUAACUUAGAACAGUCAACAUAUUUGAAAGUUUGAUUUGCAACUUGCACAGGGUAAAAUCAGUUAAACUACAUAUAACUGCUAUAAUAGAAGCUAGAAGUACUAGAUAAAACUGCUGGAAGGUAACACUGGGUCUGGGACAAGACUGUCAUGAAUAUUUAAAAAAAUAAGUUAGUUUUUAUUCCUGGUGUAUCUGUGGACUUCCCUAAAUGAUAAGAUCACUUUGGCCAUAGUUUAGAUACAUAAAAUGUGCAGAUUAUUUGCUUAGAGAUUAUGUUUGAGAACUUCAAAUAAAAAUAAAGA